AUAGUCGACAUGGUUUCCUUAAAAUUUGUAAUACUUUCCGCCUGCAUCCUGGUGGCAGUAAAGGCUAAUUUCUGUACUAAAGAAACCUAUGGUGAUACUUCGAAAGACUAUGAUGUCUUACUUCGACCAAUUAUUGUACUGAAGCCUAAUGAAGCUAACUUGACGGUUACAAUACCUAAAGUUCCAGAAUGCCCGUCGGGAGUUGCUGGGGCGAAGGCACUAGCUUGUGACGCUGAUGCGAAGCCCACCAUACAGUUCAAGAAGCUCACAGAAUUUUAUGUUCAACGACAUGGCGACCUGAAAAUACUAGGCCACGUAUUUGUGGCUAUCCACUGCCUUCAGAACCAUUAGCUAAGGAUAUUAUCUAUGUGCUCUAGGUCAAAUAGGGUAGAUGACUAAUUUUUGUUUUAAUGUCCGUCUUGUAAAUUAUUUUAAAACAUUGCACACGUAUUUUU